AUGACACCAGACCAGCUGCAGCACCACCAGCACACCAGCACAAUCCUACUGGAUAUCCAGGCCCCCUACGCCCAGGGGCCAUAUUCAGGACAAGCUGCGGUCGCUGUACAGCCUGCUGUUUUUGUGACCACUGCGCCACUGACCAAUCCAGCACCAGAUUACAUGUGUUACUCCAUCUUCACCAUGCUGUGCUGCUGCUUACCUCUGGGCAUUGCUGCACUGGUUUACUCCUGCUCUACUCAAGAUGCCAACUACUCAGGACGGCGAGAAUUAGCAGAGAAGAACUCAAAUACAGCACGCACCCUGAAUCAUGUCGCUGUUGCACUUGGCCUGAUUAUCAUUGUAGGGUAUAUUAUCUUUUACUUUGCAUUGAUGAACAACAUGAAUUAG